AAAUGUCAAAAUUGUCAAAUGCUGUCAAAAUGUGAAAAAAGUGCGAACAAUUCACGAAAAUUGUUGUUUGUUUGCGCAAUUAAUUAAUUCUCUGUGAUUGAUUGAUUGUAGGUACAUUGAUUUAACAACUAAAACAAUUCUGUCAUUAGUGUUAACAUGAAUACUCACUAGGAAAUGCAAAGCGAAAUCUUAAAUAUUCCAAGGUGAGCUGAUACCUAGACAAUCUCGCUGUUUGAACUGAGUUGAUUUACAAUAAUAUUGGCAAUGCCUAUACGAGGAGGUGGGUAAACAUUUUAGUCACCCAUUAGAAAUUCAGGACGAUGGCUAUGAUGACGGAGGGGCAUGUGCCGGACGAUAGUGACCUGUCGGCACUCUCACCCUUCAGCUUCUGCAAAGAUUUCAUUCGCGGCUAUUGCAUUCGCGACAGUGCUUGCCGAUUUAUUCAUGAUAUACCACCUCCAACUUUACUGAAAGACAUGUUCCGGUUUUGUCACGACUUUCAAAAUAAGGGAUGCUUUAGAAUUAAUUGCAAGUUUAUUCAUUGCACUUUGGAACAACAAGAAAAAUUUUUCAAAAAUGGUGAUUUCCCUCGUGACGUUCGCAGUAUACCAGUGUGCCAGGCAUACGUACGUGGGACAUGUUUUAAUUUGGAAUGUAAACUAGUACACCCUCCAGAUGUUGUUGGUAGUGACAAAUUGCCUUUAUUAUCUGUUCCACCACCAUAUAAUGUACCACCGCCUCCCAUAAGAGAUGAAGAUGGCCCACCGGAUGCUAAGAUAAGGAGACUAUCAAGUUAUGAACCGACUAUUGAAAAACAUGUUUUAGCAGCAACAAAUUUAUGCCCAAACUGUGAAAAUUUAGAACAUAAAGUAAAACUACUUCAUGAUAAUAUCAGAGUCUUGUUAAAAAAAAUGGCUGACUUGUCAGAAAAGAAUAUUCAACUCACAUCCAUGAAUGAAUUUCUUCUUGUACAAACUGCUUCAAUGAGAAACGACGUAAUUACAUCCCGCCAUGGAACCUCAGCACCUGUGUCCCUGGCAACAGUCAGUGUGACCCCAGUCGUGAGCCUAGCUGGAGCCUUGCCUGCGCUGGUCCCUGCAGCCGCUCCUCCAAACAUAGCAUUGGCUCCUGCAGCAUCCCGAGCUCAACUACUGACACCGGCCCCACAAAUAUUAACCGUGAGCACUACUCAGCAACUCAUGGGUAAUUCAGGAGCACUCAUCGUUACCAGUGCCGGAGCCCAACAACUGAUGCAAGUCAGCGAUUCGGGUACCCUGAUGGGAGGAGGACAGACAGUGGUGGCCGUGACACCCGCUCAGUUGACGCUGGCCCCUCCGGCGCAACAGCUCAUGAGCACCGGACCGCAGACGGCUGUCCAGCAGCUGGUCCAGCAAUCGGCGUUGCAGCCGCAAGUAGUGCCCCAACAUCAAGCGCCCCAGUUCGCGGCCCAGCAGAGUGCAGUGCAACACUUGGCGCAGCAGUCCGCCCAGCAUUUGGCGGUUCAACAGUCCGCUCAGCAUUUGGCUGCUCAGCAGUCGGCGCAGCACUUGGCCGCUCAGCAGAGCGCGCAGCACUUGGCGGUGCGGCAGUCCGCGCAGCACCUGGCGGCGGCGCAGCAGUCGGCGCAGCACCUGGCGGCGGCGCAGCAGUCGGCGCAGCAGCAGCUGGUGCCCUCGGCCCAGCAGCUCGUCCACCAGACCUCCACUCAGCAGAUCACUAUUUCGAGCACGAGCCAACCGAUGGCCUUGCCCAACUCUCAGGCUCAGCCCAUGACAUUCCCCAUUAUCUCUCAAAGUAUAUUGCCCCACUGAGAUUUAAUCGUAUUUGUGUGUAAUUCUAAAGAUACGUUUAGGAAUAGUCGCACUUGUGUUAUUACUUGACAUUUAUAAACAUUUUUUGUGGAAAAUGUCUGAUAUGUAAGGUUGAAACUUAAAAGUGAAUGCAGGCAAAUACGAGAACAAUUCUGGAUUAUAAGUGUGAGUUAUUUAGUCUAUGUUUAGUGUGUUUUCAAUAUAAAGAUUUAUAGUUCAUUUAUCAGUAUUGUAAUUAGUUACUAUCAUAUGUGUGGAUGAUGGCUAAUCAAGCUAAAUAGUGUGGCUUCUUAGGCGGUUCUAAAUAGUCUGAUAUCACAUCAAACUAUACAUUUUAGUAGAAAAAGGGAAUCUAUUGCAUUGAAAUAAGAUGCCACAGUGUUUAGCUUGGUUGUGUGUCGUCUGUAUAAUAAUUUUGGUUAAAAAUAAGAACAUUAAUGUAAAAUAUUUAUCAUCCAGAAGAGAUGUGUCGUAAACAACAUAAAAACGUUGCUCCACUCUUCUACCUGCUAAAUACCUGUUGUCAGACACUUAAGUUUAAUUAAUUUGUUUAUUGAGUUUAGUGUUAAAAUGAAGUGUUUUAAUUAAGUAGAUUGGUAGCAAUCGGGUAAGAAUCUGAUAACCUAUGAUUUAACGGAUCUAAGAGCCUUUGCAUACUUCAGAUUUGUCACAUUCUCGCCUCGCCUCUAGAUCGCCAAACAAAUCGUUAGUGUGUGAAGGCUAAUAAAUGAUUGAUGUUACGGCUCUACUAAGUUGAUAGGAUAAUAAUAUUUUUUUAAUGAUUGAAACUUGUGUUUUUUAACUUAUUCGUGUGCUAUAGUUAAAUGUAUCUACUAUUUCAAUUUUAAGGGCCAAGUGUAUACGAUCUAUGUAAAUAAUUUAACUAAAUCUUCGAUCGUACGAGUUCCGCGGAGAAAACUCGAUUUAAACUUGUGAGCGCAUAUCUGAAAUGAAUAUCAUGUUUGGACGAUUGAUCUAAGCAGGCUUGAAUGAAAUUUAAAUGUGAUUAGUGAGUGUUGCUUAAGAAUAUGGGCUCUGUUAGUAUUGAUUGUUGACCAAUGAGUGGAUCCCAACCAAUGCGCGGACCACCACGCAGAAUAUCCGCGUACGAUUUCAAUUUCGCGGGGGAUACAUCGCCGCGGAAUCAUAAUUGGCUUUGAGUAAUUAGU